CAUGUGUCUUAUCAGGUGAGAAAGAUGCCAUUGAAAGUGUCCACCAAAUGUUAAACAAGUCUUUUAAGACAAAAAAUGUGUUUCUUCAUGUCUUGGAGGUUCCUGCAGCCUACCACAGUCAAAUGAUGGAUCCUGUACUGACACAAAUUAGAGAUAGCAUUGGUUCUUUAAAUCGACAUGAAAUGGAAUGUGAGCUGUUUUCCACAGUAACAGGAAGGGCGUGUUGUGUCGGGGAUUUUGUAACUGGUGAUUACUGGGCAAGAAAUAUUAGAAAUCCGGUUGCAUUUCAACAAGCAGUGAGAGCAGUGGCCAGUACUGGGAAAAACAUAAUCUUUGUUGAGAUUGGUCCAAGACGGGCUCUGCAGAGAAACAUAAUGGAGACAUUAGGAAAUGAUGCAGUAGUGCUCUCCUCAAUCCAACCAGACAAAGAUCAAGAUGCACUACUUUCUGUUGUAUCCAAACUCUUUGAGCUUGGAGUCAAUGUAGACUGGGACCAGUUAUACAAUGGGUUUCAGUCAACACCAGCUUCAUACCCAGUCUAUCAGUUUAAUUGCCCUAAAAAUGAUGUAUACUUUGAGGAAGUAAGACAAGGUAAUGAAGUAAUGGCCCUCUUGCGCCAUCCCCUGAUUAUUUCCCAUAAAGAAAAUAACAGGAUUUUCAAAUGCAGUUUGUCAAUAGAGGCCACUCCUUACCUUUGGGAGCACAAAAGCAAUGGAAUAGCCAUAGCCCCAGGCGCUCUGUAUGCGGAACUGGCUUUGGCUUCUGUCAUAGAAUCUUUGUUCCCAAAAAUACCUCUAACUUCACUUCAACUUACAAUAAAAUUUCAGAAUUUGCUUGUUCUUAGUAAGAGCUCAUAUAGUCUGAAGGUGCAGCUUGAGCCUGAUGAGGACAAGACUUUGUUUCAGAUACGGUCUUCUUCUACAAAGCAUGCAUCAGGCACCAUUGCUUAUAGGAAUGGACCAGCUGUGAUGGACCACCAAAACAUCGUCUUGGAUGCUGUUCUUAAAAGAUGCCCAUCAGUCAUAACAGAGGAACAGGUAUAUGUUACACUUAACCAAGCAGGGUUUGAGUAUGGGCCCUACUUUCAACAGCUGGGUGACAUCCAGUAUGGAGAGGAUUUCAAAGAAGCAGUGGCCAAUAUCAGGAUACCAGAUCAACUGUUUACUCAGUUAUACAAUUACUGCUUGCAUCCUGUUGUUUUAGAUUAUUUUUUUCAGUUGACUGCUGUUUUAGGCCUGAGUAACAGCACUAUACGGCAAGGAUUUCCCUCUGCAAUUGGCAGCAUGGUGAUAACUGCACCACUGUGUAAGGAAAUGGUCAUAUAUAUGAGGCUUACUCAGGAGAUGGCAGAAUACUUUGAGUUUGUCUUCUUUGCAAGUUCCAGAUUUUCUAUUGCACUUGGAUCAUCAUACAGCUGAUAUGGAGAAAGUUGUGUUUA